AUGAAGUCACUGAGCUUCCUCCUCCCCCUCCUGCUCCCCGCAGCUGCGCUGUGCCAGCAGCUUUCUGUGACAAAGUUCGCAAACACGCUCUCGCUACCGGCGUCCUUCGACCCGAUCAUUGCCGCCUACUGGACCGGCCUCCCACACCAUAGACGGACGCCCUUUUCGGUAUCACCGGAUGGCAAGUCCGCAUAUCUUGCGUAUCUGGACACGACGUAUAACGCCGUCUAUGUCCAGCAGGUUGAUACGACCACCUUCGCAGCCGUUGGUGAUGCCGUUCAGGUUGAGGGUGCCCGGGAAGCUGGUGGUCUCGUCGCCCAGAAUGAUGGAUUCGCGCUGCUGGCAAACUUCAUUCCCGACGCCGGCACCACGGAUGCCCCGCCAAACGGCUAUCCAAUCGCCGAGAUAGUCCGCUACAAGGACGGCGCUCAGGCGUGGAGAACGCCGGUCAAUGGGCCGGGCGUGCACGAAGCUGAUGGGCUCUCGGCAUCACCAGAUAUGAAUGGUGACCUUGUCUAUUCUGAGGCUGCAGGACUCUACGCAGCUUAUGUCGUAGUCACGGCCUACACCGGUGCUGCGUCGGGCCAUUUCGGGGACUCGAUUCAGUAUGUGGAUGAUGCUGGAGCUCUACAGACUAUUGCGGGUGCUAGUAGCACUUGGGGGUGUAGUCACAAUACCGGUAUUGGUCUUGAAGCUGCUGAUGCGGCGCCGUUUGCUAGUGUUUGUGCUGAGGAUCAAGGCGCAAUCUGGCUCAACACCGACACGCAGACCAUGGACGGUAUCAAAAUAGCCAACGAAAAUACCACCAACGGCGUCAGCGGCGAGCCAAUGGGCGGAAUGAGCGGGUCAUACAGCAACCUCGCCCUCUUCCCCGACACCACCUCUUACAUCUUCGCUUGGCAGUCCCGCGGUGCCCUCAACCUACAAGAAAACUCCUGGCUGGGCACCGGCUUCACGACCUGCUCCCCGCGCUGGCUCAACCACAACGUCGCCGUCUCCCUCACUACGUCCAAAGACAAGCUCCUCGGCGAGCAAGCCAGCUCCGUAGUUGGUGCCGCUGAAGGCGACACCCAGGUCACCUGGAUCACCGAGUCUGACACCACGGACCACCAGAAUGUGCAUGUUGCGACACUGGAUAGCGGGAAUGCGGUGGUGACUUGGGAGGAGCUGGCAAACCCGGACUGUCAGCCGGUACCGUUGAGUUGCACGGGGACGUUCAAUGGCACGUGGGCGCAGGUGGUGGGGAGUAAGGGUGAGAAGGUGGGUGAGAAGGUGCUGAUCGGUGAGGAUGUGUAUGUUGCGGGGGAUAUGGUGACGAUGGGGGAGAAGGUGUGUUGGCCGUAUGUGGAUAUGGUGUGGGACCUGAGUGCGCCAAAGGCGAAUGGGACGUAUGUGAAGGAGAUGUCGUUUGCAUGUGUUUCUUUAAGUGGGAGCGGGGAUGCAGUAUCGUCUUCGACAAGUGCUGCGGCGACUUCGAGUGUAGUUGCGACGUCGUCCCCCGUAUCAGCGCAGGAUGAGACUACUGCUGCUACGACCGUUACUCGCACUUUUGGAGAUAUUGCGGCCACAGCUUCUUCCUCUUCAGCUGCCGAGACUGUCAGUAGCACCGCGGAGGCUACAGCGCCUUCAGAAACCGAUGUUGGAUCAACGGUCGAGCUUCCGUCAAGGACAUUCGGGAACAUUGCCACCAUGGAUGGCAGCGAGGUCACCACCACCGUAACAGCUUCUUCAGCAUCAAUUGAGACUGUGACUUCGACUGAGGAUGCUGGUACUACCAGUACUCAGGAAGCAGCUUCUUCUACUGAGGCUGCAACCUCUGCAGCAGUGACCCUGACAGAGCUUCCCACAAGGUCAUUUGGAAACAUCGUGACUGCGACUGACUCAGAGGUCGCUACUGCAACAUCCACAGCUGCUAAGUCUUCCAAGGCUGCCGCGUCGUCCUCGAAAGUCGCUGCUUCAUCCUCUACAGACGCAGCAGAGACAUCUGUAGCGGUGACAUUGACAGAGCUCCCUACCCGGUCAUUCGGAAACAUCGUGACCGCAACUGACUCCGAAGUCGCCCCUACUACAUCUGCCGAUACCUCGUCUUCUAAAGCCGCUGCUUCAUCUUCCACCGACGCCGCAGAGACCUCCGUAGCAGUAACACUGACCGAGCUUCCCACCCGCUCAUUCGGGAACAUUGUCACGGCCACCGAUAUCCCCACUGAGAUUGCCACAUCUGCCACAUCUACCGCUGAUGCAGAUCCUACAUCCUCAAAAGCCGCCGCAACCUCAAAGGUCACCGAGACAUUCACCGAGCUCCCCACCCGCAGCUUCGACAACAUCGUGACCGCCACCGAGACCGCCACUGCCACUGCCACCCGCACGCUCUCCCGCUCCCGCGCAGCCGGCACCACCACCAUCACCCGCUCCGCUGGCGCCGGCACAACAGCCAUCGAGACGCAAACGCGAACAUUCACAAACAUCGUGACGGUCUCCACCACGCUGGCUACGCAGACGAUUGUUGCCACUCCUACGGCGGGCGCAGAUGUGUGGGCGGGCUGUGCGGACGAUGGGACGUGUGCGGAGGGCUUGCAGUGCAUCACGUUUGAAAACGGCUUGGCGAUAUGUGUGCCAAGUUUUGAGGAGCGUGUUAGCAUGAAGGGGGUUGGCCAUAGGGGCGCGAGGGGGAGGAGAAGGGGGAGCAGAUAG